AUGACAUGGGAGGAGAAAGUAGGCCAGCUUGGUGGCAUUCGGAGACUCGCUGAGACGGUGGGCGGAAAGGUAUCGUACAACGAGACGUCGUUCGAGGAAAUUCGAAAGACGCAGAAUGGACAGAUCGGAUUCGGGGCACCCCAAAACUAUGCCCAUGACCUGCUGCCCAUCGCCAACCGUGUGCGGUCCGAGCAAAUCAACAACACGAGACUCGGGAUCCCAUACAUCACCAUUGCAGACUCGGUCAAUGGACUGAUGAUUUCGGGCGGAACCAUGUUUCCGGGAGCCAUCUCCAUGGGCUCCACGUGGAACAUCCCGCUCUACGAGCAAGCCAUCGCCGCCAUCCGCGAGGAGAACAUCGCCAUGGGCACCCACUGGGUUCUGUCACCCGAGGUCGACCUCGCCAAGGACCCCAGGAAUGGACGAAACGGCGAGAUGUUCGGCGAGGAUGCGUAUCUAGUCGGCGAGUUUGCUGCGCACUACAUCAACACGAUGCAAGAGAAAGACGCGAACGGGUUUGUCAAGGUGGCCACGACCAUCAAGCACUGGGUCUAUGGGUCCAGCAGCGGCGGUGUCAACACAGCCAGCAUCCAGGGCGGCCUGAACCAUAUUCUCAACGACAUGGGCGCUCCAUAUGUCAAGGCCAUCAGGGAGUCGAACCCGUUGUCGCUCAUGGUCUCCUACGCCAGCGUGGACCAAGUCCCCAUGUCCAUGAACAGAUAUCUCAACAAGAAGAUACUCCGAGACCUGCUCGGCUUCAAAGGGCUAAUCAUGUCCGAUGCCGGCUCCAUCCGGAACAUGUACACGCAGGCCAAGGUUGCCACGUCCUUUCAAGACGCCGGGUUGAAGGCCAUCCGUGGCGGAUUGGAACACGAGCUGUCCCCUCGGCCGCCAUCCGUUUAUCCGACGCUUAUCAACUCCGUCAACGACUCGGAAGUCGCCAGACUCAUCGACGACUCGGUCAGAGCGAUCCUCGCGAUCAAGUUCGCCACCGGCAUGUUUGACUUGCCGCUCCCUUCGGUCGAGAACCUCAACGCGACUCUCCGCAACGAGAAGCAUCUGGAAGUCAACCGGAACAUCUCGCGCGAAGCGAUCGUGCUUCUGCAAAACGACGGCACGCUGCCCCUUCGGCAGAGCAGCGCAUCCCGGGUCGCGCUGCUUGGGCCCUAUGCCGACGUUCUCAACACCGGACAAUACGCCGCAAACAACGCAUCUGACCCGUCUUACGGCAGCACGUUCCGCCGCAGCCUCGAGCGACAGCUUGGUGCCGAGAACGUGAAGUUCGUCGCGGGCGUAGACAUCCUGAGCUCGAACGACAGCUCGGGCAUCGAUGAGGCCGUUUCCGUGGCCAAGGAGGUCGGCCUCGCCGUCGUGGUCCUCGGUUCCGGCUGGGGGUCGUUUGACAACUCGUACGAGUCCCUGCAUCGUACGGAUGGAGAGGGCUUCAGUCAUCCCGACUUGGGGUUCCCGGGUCUGCAGCAACGGCUUCUCGACGCCGUCCUCGACGCCGGCGUGCCGUCCAUCCUCGUCCUCAGCGGCGGCCAGACCUUUCUGCUCAACGAAUCGACCAAGCGCUCCAAGGCGAUCCUUCUACACAUCCUGUUCGGCGCCGUCAACCCCAGCGGCAAGCUGACCAUGACGUUCCCCGAAGCCGAGGGCGCCUUUCCCGUUGCCUACGACUACUUCCCCUCGGACGACGAGGGUGGCUUCGGCGCCGCGACUGAGUACGACUGGCACCUGCCGGAGCUCACCCGCUAUGCGCCCAUCAGAUUCGGCUUCGGUCUGAGCUACACGACUUUCGACAUCUCCUCGACGUCGUUGCGGUGCCGCACGAACAGCAACAGCAACAACAGCAGCAGCAGCACCGCCGAUGCUUGCAGCGAGGAUGGCCAGGUGACCGUCACGGCUACGGUGACGAACACGGGCAGCGUCGCCGGCAAGGAGGUGGUGCAGCUCUACUUCCGCCCAGAGUACACGCAGAUUGAGUUUCCUGUCAUGAAGCUUAUCCGCUUCGAGAAGAUUGACGUCGCGGCCGGAGAGUCUAAGCAGGUGGACUUGACCGUUCCUUUCCAGGAGCUGGGAUACUUCAUCGACGGAGAGUGGACGGUCGAGAAGGGUCUCUACAACUUUUGGGUCGGGAGCAGUUCCAGGGACGAAGAUCUUCAAAGUCUGAACGCCACGCUGGCUUGA